AUGGGGGCAUUGGAAAGGGUGGUGUGUUGCUGUCAGAAAUGCCAAAAUAUAAAGCUGAAAAUACGUGCUUUGAACCAGGCUGCGACUGCAACAGGGCAUAGAGAAGCGAAGAUUCAAGAAGAUGACCUCGCUCAAAUUUCAAAGAUUACCCUCUGCAAGGAGAGUGACUCUAAUCGACCAGCAGCAAAAUGCAUCAAUCGGGAGUGUACUGUGUGUGGUAUCAAGAAGAUUUCUGAACACUUCAGGGAAAUGAAGACAAACAACGGAAAUAAAACCGUCAAGUAUGAAAUUUGGUUGCGUGUCAAAAAAACGAAGGAUGUGAAAGGGGUCAAGAAGGAAAUAACAGUGACUGAGCCAGUGACGAAAGAAGCCACCGUUGGAGAGUUGAUUGAUCUGCUUGAGCAAGGCAUGAAAAUUAUUCGUGCACCAACCAAGACGAAGUGCAAAAGUGGUCAUUGGGGCGACAAGCCACAAGCUACAAUUCACCCGGUGAUGGCGUUCAUAAACAAGGGAAAUGAUCAUAGGCCAUUCACCCACAAGGCAGCACUAAUUUUCAUCUCAGACGAGAAGAAGCAUGAUGCCGACGCCGUUGCAACAUACAUGUCUAUUGCGUACCCAUAUCUUCGAAAAGAAUAUGGUGUAACACAUGUUGAGGAGUUUUCUGACUGCUGCGCUGCGCAAUACAGGUGUGGCAAGAGUUUUGCUGACUUUUCUUUUUACGAACAUGAUUUUGCUGUUAGUGUUCAGCACAACUACUUUGAGAGUUCACACGGAAAGUCGUCAGCUGAUGGCUUAGGUGCGGUGGUAAAGCACAGGGCUACGGUGGCUGUUACAAGACGGCAGGCUACCAUCAGGAAUGCCGAAGAGCUGUAUCAGUUCUGUGUUACAAAUUUUUCGGAUGUUGGGCAGUCAUGUUUCCCAGCUGAGAGGAAAAAGUACACAAGUUCGGCUCGAAAGUUCUUCUAUGUGAAAAAGGAGGAUAAAGAACAUCAGAGACCAUCACGUGCUGUCAAAUCUGUUCCCGGAACAAUGAAAAUUCACUGCCUGAAGCCAACUGGUCAGCCAUACCAGAUAGAAACAAGAAUCCUGUUAUGCUUCUGUCAAACCUGUGCCAUCAAUCCAGCAGUUGGUGUCUGUGACAAUCGAGAGUAUGUAGGUGAAUGGAAGAAAACUCGUCUUCAUUUACUGGAACCAAAGAAGGAUAAAGUCAACAAAGGCAAACAUCCCCAGAAAGAGCAGCAGCACUCAUCCAGCGACAGGGCACCCUUGGCUAACACUGAUGGUGAAAGCAAUGAUGAGACCGAUGGAGUUUGUCGUAUUGGAGAUUAUGUGGUAGUGAAGCUAGGCACAACAUCUGGCAAAACCAAGUUGUACUGCGCUGUGAUCCAGAAUGUGCACGAAGGAACAAAGACAUGUGAUAUUGUCUAUUUAAAGUCGCAUGGGAGGAGUUAUUUCACACUUGAUGAAAUGGACAUUGACACUGUGGGAUUUGAGUGUAUUGUAACUUCCCUUAAGCAGCCCCAGGUCAAUAAGCGUGACCAGUACUUCUUCAAGGUGCCAAGUGAUAUCAGACUUGAGUAGAAGCGUUGAACACAUUGAAAACAUUGAAAGCAAUUUUCAGAAAAUGCUUUAUUUUUGUCUAGAUUUUUGCUGACACUACACUCAUGGCUUAUUGCAAGCCAACCAUGCAUCUCAAUGGAAUCCUCAAGUUCCAAGCACCAGUAGAUGCUUUCUUUACUUGUGUUAUGUAGUUCCAUAUUAGUGUUUUCUAUUACUGUUGGACUGUUAUAAUUCCCGUUUGUUAAUUCAGAUAACUGUAAAUCACCACAGUGCCAAGUGGGUGCCACUCAACUGAAAUCUAGACCCUUUUUUAGGGGAAACCAAUCGCUGGAUAAUCCUCAGGAAAGUCAGAAACCAUGAAUGGCAUGAUCAUUUGUCAGGAACCUUCAAUUAGGGA